UAUGUGUCAAUGUUUGUAAGUUGGCAACACUGUUGAUCGGUCUCUCGUCGUUGGCCCGCUGAAAAUAUCGAUUUCAUUUGGAAUAACUUGUGUUAAUGUCAUUGUUUUGUGUUUUAUGUAGGUAAUAUAAAACUAAACAUUUAGAGGAUGUCUUCUCGUGGUGGUCGUGGUUAUGGUGGCUACGGCGGCGGCGGGCGCGGUUACAACAGCAGGGGUGGCGGCUACCGGGGCUCGUACCGCGGCGGGCGCGGCUCCUACGAGCGGGGCGGCGGCCGCGGCGGCUACUCCUCCUACAGCGACACCCGCUACAUGGGGAACAAGUACUCCAGCAACAGAGACAGAAUGGAUGACUCCUUCAAGAAGCCGUACAGAUCGGAAAGUUCUGGAAACUACUCGAGUCGUGACUAUGGUGGUCGUUCAGGAUCUCCAGACCGCAAGCGUAUGAGAAUGGAGCACAAUGGAAGAUCGGAACAGAGUUAUAUGCAGGGAUCGUCGGACAGACGUAGCCACGAUGGCGGGGGCCACUAUUACAGCAGUAGACAAGACAGUUACUCGAGCGAGAGAAGGUCGUUCGGAGGCGAGGAGCGGCGGCGGUCGUCGUCCCGCGACCGGGACGGGUACCGCAAGUCGGGCGGCAUGGGCCCGCCGCGCUCGCCCGCGCGCGCCGCCGCCCCGCGCUCGCGCGUGUCCCGCCCGCCGCGCCGCUCUUUCCGCGGCCGCUCGCUGCGCACGCGCGGCGCCUACCGCGGCACGCUGCGCUCGCGCCCCUCCUUCCCCACGCGCCGCUACUCCGACCGCCCCGCAUACACCAGAGUGUACAAGCCCAUCAAGGGGCGCAGCUCUAUCAAAUCCAAAGAAGAUGAAGCCUCGUCGACUGAGGAAGACUGGGAUGCAGAUGACAAAGAGGAUGAUGCAGAUGAUGUUGAAGAGAAGAAGGAAUUGAAGACCAAGUCUCCUAAGCUUGAAGCGGAAGUGGAGGAAGGCGAGGAGGCGGCCGCGGCCGGCGAGGACACAGACAAGGAGGGCGCGGACGCCGCGUCGGACGAGCCGCCCGCGCCGCGCCGCCGCCCCUACGUGCACCUCGUGUGCUGCCACUGCAAGGACAAGUACGCCACGUUCGCGAAUUACAUGAAGCACUUGGUGUCGGCCAAGCACCGCGCGGCCAUGAGCGGCGUGGCGCGGCGGCACAAGGCGCAGCUGCUGCGCAUGCGCGUGGCCCAGCGCGCGGCGCAGCGCGACCUGGAGGCGUCCACCAGCGCCGAGCUGGCGCCGCGCACCACGUUCUGCCUCGUGUGCCGCCUCAACCACCGCACCACGCGCCACGCGCACACGCUCACCGACACGCACCGCGCGAUGAAGCGCUUCCUGAUGCCCUUCUGUCGCGUCUGCCGGCUCACGUUCCGCUCGCCCAUGAUCUACGAGCAUCAUAUUUGCUCCCUCGAGCAUCUUAAGCGCAAGGCUAGUCAACUGGCUCAUCGUCCGAGCCCCAAGGAGAUUGAAGCUGAAGGCAGCGGCGAGGAGGGCAUGGACGUGGACUUGGACAACUUCAUGACCUUGGACUCUGUUGGAGAUGUUGACGAAGUUGACGAUGAAGACUCUGGCGGCGAGAAGAAAGAAGAACCCGUGGACAAGAAGCCGAAAGUCGAGAUCAAUAUCGGCAGUGAGCACAUCAAAAAGAUGGAGGUGUGGUGGUGCGAGCUGUGCCGCGUGUACCUGCCGCGCGCGGCGGGCGAGGCCGAGGCAGCGGACGCGCUGCGCAAGCACUGCCGCCUGCGCCUGCACCUCGGCCGCUACGUGCAGCACCGCGACACGCGCACGCUGCGCCGCCACGCCGAGCGCAUACACCGCCAACUGCACCAGAAUACCGAUGGAGAAAAGGAUGGUGCCUCUGAAGCAGCUACUGACAAAAUCAAGACUGAAAACCCUGAGUCAACCGAAGAGAAGAAAUUAGAAAAUGGCACAGAAGUGGCUAAUGCAUCUGGCAAUGAAGGGAGUGAAGAUAAGCUGUGGGCCGAUGUCGACAAGGACAUCGGGGAACUCCUGAGAGAAGUGGACCCGCAGGGCAACGACGGCAGCGAUGACGAGGACGACUUGGACAGGUACGACAAAUUUCGUAAGAGUGACAAAACCGUCAAGACUGUAAUUGAUGGUGAAGAUAAUGAUGCGGCCGUGGCUGAAGAUGCAAGUGAGAAAACUAAUGCAGAAGCUACUCCUGCCUAACAACAACCAUAAAUAAAUCAGCCAUAUUUAUUGUGGACUUCUGUAGUGUAUGUGUAGCAAUAAUAAUGAAUUAAACCAAAAACAUUAA